AUGUCUCGGGACGAUUAUCACUUUAAAUUUAGCCAAUGUUUUGGAGAUAAAGCAGAUAUAGUUGUCACAGAAGCAGAUAUCAUUACUGCCGUGGAAUUCGACCAUACAGGUGACUUCUUAGCUACAGGUGAUAAAGGUGGUAGAGUAGUGCUGUUUGAAAGAAAUAAAAAUAAUAAACAUUGUGAAUAUAAGUUUUUGACUGAAUUUCAAAGUCAUGAUGCCGAAUUCGAUUAUUUGAAAUCAUUAGAAAUUGAAGAGAAAAUAAAUCAACUAAAAUGGUUAAGGUCCUCUAAUCAAAGGUCACAUUUUUUAUUGAGUACUAAUGAUAAGACAAUUAAACUUUGGAAAGUUUAUGAGAAAAACAUCAAGUUGGUGAGCGAAAAUAAUCUAUCCAUGGAAAAUGAUAUCACGAAAGGUAAAUCAUCCAGCAAUAGUCAUACUUUAUCAUUACAAAAUCUAAAGUUACCACGUUUAUCACAACACGAUAAGAUAAUUGCUGCAGCUCCCAAAAGAAUAUACAGUAAUGCACAUACAUACCAUAUUAAUUCCAUAUCAACUAAUUCAGAUCAAGAAACAUUCAUUAGUGCAGAUGAUUUAAGAAUUAAUCUCUGGAACCUUGAUAUCCCAGAUCAAAGUUUUAAUAUUGUCGAUAUUAAACCAAAUAAUAUGGAGGAAUUAACUGAAGUUAUAACAAGUGCAGAAUUCCAUCCACAACAAUGUAAUCUUUUCAUGUACUCGUCUUCAAAGGGAACUAUUAAAUUAUGUGACAUGAGACAAAAUGCAUUAUGUGAUUUCAAAACAAAAACUUUUGAAGAGUAUACUGAUCCAAUAAGUCAUAAUUUUUUCACAGAAAUCACAUCCUCCAUUUCAGAUGUUAAAUUCAGUCCCGAUGGUCGUUACAUCGCAUCGAGAGAUUAUUUAACUGUUAAGAUUUGGGAUGUUAAUAUGAACAAUAAACCUUUAAAGACAAUCAAUGUACAUGAUGAAUUGAAAGAAAGACUAAGUGACACGUAUGAAAAUGAUGCAAUCUUUGAUAAAUUCGAAUUGAAUUUUAGUGGAGAUAGUUCAAGUAUUAUGACUGGUUCAUAUAAUAACAACUUUAUGAUUUAUCCUAACGUCGUUAAGACAGCUCAAGAUGAAAAUAAUGGUAUCGUUAAAAACUUUGAUGAAAAUUAUACAACAAAUAAUAGUAAUAAUAUAUUUAAGAAAAACUUACCAUAUGGUAAUAAUAGUAACAAUAGUAACAGUAAACGUGGUAAAAAUAACUCUAAAGGGGGUGGAGGUGAAACUGAGAAAGAGAGAAAUAGUACAAAAACACCUGAUGAGAUUAUAUUAAAGGCAGAUAAAACUGUGUUUAAGAAUAAACGUUCAAGUUCACUAUUAUCAAAAUCAUCGAGGAAUAAAGAAUGGAGUAACGACAUUGAUUUCAAGAAAAGUAUAUUACAUUUUUCAUGGCAUCCAAGAGAAAAUAGCAUAUCCGUUGCUGCAACAAAUAAUCUAUUUAUAUUUUCUGCAUUGUGA